AUGAAGGCCGAGGAGCUCCAAACCCUUCCCGCCGCCCUGGCCGGCGACUUCAAGUCGAUCGAGCCGCACCUCCGCGCCCUUGACAAGCACCUGACGCUGCGCACCUUCGUCGAGGGCUACUCGCUGGGCGAGACCGAGACCAAGAUCUGGCAGACUCUCAAGCUCAACAAGGCUGCCAUGGGCUUCAUCCGCAAGGGUACAAUGGCCAACCUCACCCGUUGGUUCACCUUUAUCGAGAACACCCACCCCGAGAUUCAAGCCGAGACGAACGCCGCCGAUGCUGAGCGCAAGGCCAAGGUCGUCGCCGCCAGUAAGAAGGGUGCCAACUACUCGCUCUCCCUCCAGAACGCCGAGGCAGGCGUCGUCACACGUUUCCUCCCCGAGCCCUCAGGAUACCUUCACAUCGGUCACGCCAAGGCAGCGCUUCUGAGCGACUACUUUGCCCACGAGGCCUACAACGGCAAGCUCCGCCUCCGUCUCGAUGACACCAACCCCGCCAAGGAGAGCGAGGAGUUCCAGGAUGCCAUUGUCGAGGACCUUAAGAUGAUGGGCAUCACACCCGACGCCCUCUCCUACACCUCCGACUACUUCGACUACCUCUACGAGACCUGUGUUCGCCUCAUCAAGGAGGGCCACGCCUACGCCGACGACACCGAGCAGGAGACGAUGCGUAACGAGCGCACCGAGGGUAUCGCGUCCAAGUGCAGAGAGCGCAGCGUCGAGGAGAACCUGCGUAUCUUUGAGGAGAUGAAGAACGGCACCCCCGAGGGCCUGAACAACUGCAUCCGUGCCAAGAUCUCCGUCGACAACGUCAACAAGGCCCUGAGAGACCCCGUCAUCUACCGCUGCAACGUUGAGAACAAGCACCACCGCACCGGCGACAAGUGGAAGAUCUACCCCAUGUACGACCUCGCCUGCCCCGUUGUCGACUCCCACGAGGGCGUCACCCACGCUCUCAGGUCCACCGAGUACACCGACCGUAACCCCCUGUACCAGUGGUUCAUCGACACCCUGAAGCUGCGCCAGGUCUACAUGCACGACUUCAGCCGCAUCAACCUCGUCCGCACCUUCCUCUCCAAGAGAAAGCUCGCCAGGAUCGUCGAGAAGGGCACCGUCUGGGGCUGGGACGACCCCCGCAUGCCCACAAUUCGUGGUGUGCGCCGUCGUGGCAUGACCAUCCCCGCCCUUCGCGAGUUCAUCAUCAAGCAGGGGCCUAGCCGAAACGUCGUCAACAUGGACUGGGCGUCGUUCUGGAACAUCAACAAGAAGGUCAUCGACCCCAUCGCCCCCCGCCACACCGCCAUCCUCGAGAAGGACGCCGUCAAGGUCAAGGUCGUCGGCGCCGAGGCCCCCGCCGAACCGCGCACCGAGGACAAGCCCAAGCAUCCCAAGAACCCCGACGUCGGCACCAAGAAGGUCGUCUUCUCCAACGAGCUCAUCCUCGACCAGGCCGACGUCAAGAGCUUCAAGAAGGACGAGGAGUUCACCCUCAUGGGCUGGGGCAACGCCUUUGCCCGCGAGAUCGGUGCCACGGACCCCAUCACGGACCUCACCGUCGAGCUCCACCUCAAGGGCGACUUCAAGACGACGGACAAGAAGGUCACCUGGCUCUCGACGGCCGGCACCAAGCUCGUCAAGGCCGAGCUCUGGGACUUUGACUACCUCAUCAACAAGGACAAGCUCGAGGAGGACGACGUGCUCGAGCAGGUCCUCAACCCCAACACCUCCACCAUGGAGACGGCGUGGUGCGACGCCGGCGUCGGCGAGCUCAAGAAGGACGAUAUCAUCCAGCUCGAGAGACGGGGCUUCUUCCGCGUCGAUAAGGGCCUCGACGAGGGCGACGUGGUUGUUCUGUUCAACAUCCCCACCGGCAAGGCCAAAUAA